CACUGUCAUGUCAUCACUAGACUGUCACCCAGUGCCCGUACAAAAUAACUAGGCAAUGUACACUGCCAUGCACAAAUACAAGAUUCACAGGUCUUGAAAUGCGGUGAUAGUCUCCAAACCUCAUUCAGUUUAUUUUAAUCAAAAACAUUGUUAUUUCUUCCGGAUUAAAAAAUUCGCACAAACUCUCUUUUGGAUUCACAUUGUACGGGCAUACAAAUUCACUGACAGAUCAAAAUUUAUUCAUAUAUUAGCUUUAUUUAGCUAACCGGACUCAUACUCUUGUUCACGCAAGAGAGUCUACGUUAAAAAUCGUUGUACAGUUAUUUUUUAUUAAAUCUAUUUUAUCGUUACAAUGGCUGCGAAGCCAGAUAUUGAAGAAUUAGAGAAGACGAUGUCGGAAUUGACGGUUUUGUCGUUCCGGAAACCUGACGAAGUGAGAAAACUCACUAGACACUUUCGAAAUGUGAUUAAUCACCCUUUGACGCACGAGAAACCUGCAUUACUUACUUAUUUGAAGAAUCUUUACGAAACCCACAAGCAAAUCAUCGUCCAGAAACGAGAAGGUGUUGAAGUCGAGUACAUAUUUACUACGGAGAAAAAGAACAGCGUUCAAAGACAACGUUUCAACAGUCUUCCAGUCAGCGAAGUACCGGAAUUGCUGAAAGCCGAGUUGGUAAUGAGUGAUGAGGCGCAACAGGUGCAUAUUUGCACUGAUUGCAAUGUUGAAAUCCCCCUGAACGACGAAGAACCAUUAAUGGAGUCGUUGCAAAAGCAUUUCAAUCUGGAAAUUCAUCAACCAAAACCGAAAUUGAAGAGAGAAAGCAUUGACGUCGCUGAACCCGUCAUCUUGCCUAACAUGUCUCGAAGGUUAUCCGCAAUGGAGUGUGGAGAAACCCCAGCGCAGAAUUUAGAACAAAUCCUCCAACUUGUUAAACCUAUGGAGAAGUUAGAUAGAACGUUUUUAGCUAAACUUGAGGCAUCUUUGAUCAGGCAUUUGCCUGAUAACUCUGAAGCCAGUAUUGAUGCUGCCGUGAAAUUUUACCAAGCGACCUACGAUAAACUUUGCCAGGAUAUAUCCUCUAUGGAUUUCUCAAUGCAAACAAGCUCAGUGGCUCCUAUAAUAAUGAGUAUUAAGGAUAAUGUGAACCAAAACUUCGCUACUGACACGAAUAAGAACUACGACAAUGAAGAAAAUGAGCAAUUAGACAAACCGACGAAGAAUCAACUUAAGAAGUACCGUUAUUAUGGGCCGAUUGAGAAUUAUAUUGUUAAACUGCUUGUGAAUCACAAGUUGUUGUCGUUAGUAGACGAUCGUACUGGUAAACUUGCAUUCUUUUGCAUGGCUUGCGAGUAUUAUACUUUACGAUUCCGCUACGACAGCGUCCUAAACCAUGUUUUCAGCGAGACACACAUUAACAAUUUAUCCUGUAUCUUGCGAGCGGACAAGCACAUUCCAUUUACAAUGGAAGACCCAUCGAUGGAUAAAAUAAAACAGAUGAACCAAAAAUUCCUUCACAGUCACAGCGUUACUGAAGACGCUAAUGGUUUCAAUUGCGGCCUCUGUAGACAGUCCGUGGAAUCACUUGAAGCCGUAAUCUUGCAUAUUCUUGACGAAAAUCACCUUGGAAAGCUAUCCGACAAGGUGUAUCGAAAAAUGAAAGCCAAUAACCCUGACGGGGCAGUCCCAGAAGAAUGGGGCCCAAAAAGUCUUGACUGGACGAAGUUCUUGGCCAGUGUCGGCAAACCGCUGAACAACCGUGACCAUGUGGUCAUUGAGAACUUUAUCAAACCUUCUGGAAAGAUUGCCAACUACUGCUCUUGUUGUGACAUGACUUUAAAGGGUCCAAGACAAGUGUUAUUCAACCAUAUUCGCCAAAAAAAGCAUUUGCGUAACGCAGCGCCUUUUAAAUUGGCCUUAUUGUACAAGAAUCAUUGCCGCCCAUCGGAAUACUAUGCCAGUUUCGGAAAUUAUUAUGUCUGCGCUGUCUGCCCUAAGUUUACUGCUGUACCUUCCUUUGCUGCAAUUGUAGAACAUACCGAAAGCACUGUUCAUAUCGAAACAAUUGCUAAAAUGGUCCGCUCAGCCUUAUACGAUCAGAAUGUCGACGCAGAGAUCUUGGAAAACAACAAAAUCACCUCAAACGAGUCAAUUAAGUGUGAACUGUGCGAUGUGACAUUCCAAGAUAUGAACGAUGCCAUAUCCCAUAUUCUGUCGAACAUUCAACAUCAAAAUCUUGUUGUUGAAUCGCAAAUUCAGGCUAAUAAAAGAGAUAUUAUCAGCGUUUAUAUGCAAGGGAAUUACAUACUUCACGACGAAGGGUCGACCUUCAAUUGCACUGUUUGCAAGGGUAUCUUCAAUUCCAUACGUUCUUUGUUAAUGCAUUUGGUUUACGCUGACCAUUUUGUCCAGAAACCAUCGACCGAGAACGUAUUUCGGUUCUACUUGGAACUAAAACAUAACAUCAAUAUGUUGGGGAGGAAUAAAUACCAUUAUUAUGAUUUCGGAAAGUUGAAAUGUGGCGUUUGUGACGCCGACGUAGAAGAAACAGAAAAUGCUAAGAAACAUGUAGUCUCGAUGCGUCAUAGGGAAAAUAUGGGGGCCAGUUAUGUGAAUGUGACGGAUGUGACUGCCAUGGAGUGAAAGGGAUUGACCGACUGUGUUAUCUGCUGCCUGUUAAAUGUAAUAAUCGUCGAGGUGAACAAUUGUAACGGUCGUCGUUCGUUUUAGAUACAAUCAAAUUUUAAUAAAUGAAAU